UGAAGAGCGCGGCAUCUGUCUGGUAUCUGCGUAACUUCUUGCUAGCUUUCAAUCAUAAUAUUUACAUGACAAAUAUUUUGUUCAUGCAGGUUAUUUGUGUGUCCUCAUACCGCGACUCCACUUGUGUGAUUGAAAGUUUUGCUGAUAAUCGUUUUUGUUGUUUCUUACACUUUGUUGAACAAGCUAAUUAUAAAAGUGCAUGCAUCAAAACCUUCCUUGGUGAGUAGCCUUUUGACCCACAACAAGAGUUUUGCGUAAAUAUUAAAUGCAUCCAUAAAACAGUGGCCACAUUGAAAAUAAAGCAAUUGGGGGGUCGUGAGACAGCGUAUUCGGGGGGUCAUGAGACAUGCUAUUUCCGUAAUCUAGGAACAUUUAAUAGUAUUCUACAGCCGUAUCUCGCAUUUCUGUGUUACGUUUAGUGUUAUUUACACUGUAUUGGAUAAAUACAGGGUUUUUGAUAAUUAAUUAUUUAUUUUUCAGACAUUAUGGUGCGUCAUAAGUAUAGUCAGACUGUUAAACCUGCGAUUGAUGCCAAUGUUUUUGUGGCUGCUAUUAAGGAGGUUACAAUCGCGAAAAAGUCUCUACGAUCCGUUGGUAGCGCAUAUAAAAUCGAUAAGUCGAAAUUGGCGCGCUACAUUUCAAGUCUGAUGGAAGCGAACAUAGACCCCACAACCACUUCGAAUGAAAAACUUGUUGAUUUUGUUUCAAAUUUACUCAAGAGAACUGGUGGAAAAAAGAUAUUUAGCGUAGAACAAGAAGACGAGUUAGUGCAAUAUCUUCUUCGUGCCAGCAAAAUGUACUACGGUUUGUCUAUUUGUGAGUUUUCCAAAUUGGUCUACGAGUUUGCAAUGAAGUGUAACAUUGAAUAUCCAGUGGAGUGGGACAUUCACGGCAAAGCGUCGUGGGACUGGUACAAUGCAUUUAUGCAUCGGCAUCCAAAUCUGUCUCUUCGUACGCCAGAGCAGAUAAGCGCGAAUCGCACCAAGGCCUUUUCAAAAGCCAAUGUUGAUGCAUUUUUCGUUAACCUUGACCAUGUGAUGUUUCAAAAAAAUAUAAAAUACGAGCCGCAUCGCAUAUGGAAUAUGGACGAGACUGGCUGCCCGACGGUACCCACAAAAGCUGUACGAGUGAUCACAUUAAAAGGAGAAAGAAGAGUUGGACAGAAAACUUCAGCGGAAAGAGGCACAAAUGUCUCUUUGGCGUUUGCCGUGAGUGCAGCUGGACAGUCCAUUCCACCAUUCUAUAUCUUUCCUAGGAAAAAUAUGCAGUCAACCUUUAUGGACAAUGCUCUUCCCGGUGCUAUGGGUGUAGCAAACGAAUCAGGUUGGAUGACAGCACAAGAAUUUGUCAAAUAUUUGGCACAUUUCAUCAAACACUCUAAGGCAUCAAAAGAUUCUCCAAUUUUAUUGCUUUUGGACAAUCAUACUUCUCAUCUGAGUUUGGAGGCUAUACAAAUGGCGAUCGAUAAUGGAAUAACAAUGCUAUCUUUUCCUCCACACUGCUCUCACAGAUUGCAGCCUCUUGAUGUCAGCGUGUUCGGCCCAUUCAAGAAAAUGUUCCAUAACAUGUGUCAAGUUUGGAUGAAGAACAAUAUUGGAAAAACUUUAGAACUAAGACAUAUAGCGCCUAUCGCAGACAAAUGUCUGGAAGCAAGUGCUACACCCAAGAAUAUCAGGUCCGGAUUCCGUGCGGCAGGUAUUCAACCAUUCAAUCCAAAUGUGUUCUCUGCUGAAGAUUACGAAGCAGCUGAGUUGAUGGAGACAAAUCUGACCUCUGCCGAUGCCGAUGCCAUUAAUUUGGAAGUACCCAGUCCAUCAACGAUGCCAAGCACAUCGACGAUUCCAAACACAUCAGCUGCACCAAUUCAGCAUAUAUUACAAGAGGUUGGUCCUCUGAAACACAGCGCUCCGAUCAAGAAAUCUAAUCGAGGUCGAAAAUCAAUGGGCAGCACUAUUUUGACUUCGGAAGUUAACGUGGCCAAUUUACGCCGAAAAUCUGACGAAAAAAAAGCAAAAGAUUCUCAGAAUAAAGAAAACCAGAAGAACAAGGCAGCAAAAGCAUUACCAUCGAAGCGCGGACGUCCUAGAAAAUCUUCGGUUGUAAUGACGAUUCAAAAUAUGUCGGACUCUGAAGAUGAAGACUUUUGUAUUAUCUGCAAAGGUGUAAUGCCCAAAAAAUUAAACCGAAACAAUUCGAUUCACUGUAAUACUUGCGAUAGACCUGUUCACUUGAAAUGUGCAAAUUUAACAGCCGGCUAUUACACCUGCAUCCAUUGUGAAUCUGAUUAAUCUAAUAUUUUCUUUUUCGGAUAUUCAUUGACUUGAUUGAUUAGGUAUAUUAUUCAUAUUGUUCAUAUCAAUUAUAUUGUAGAAGCCAAUAUAUGCCUUUUUAACGAUUGAAAUAAAAAAUUUUUAUAAAAUCAGGCCGUUUUCUUUCUGAUGAAAUUUGUGUCUCACAACCCCCCGAACAUGCGAAAAUCCGAAAAAAAUGAUUUUUGAGCAGGCAGGCAAAACUUAGAGAUUUUUCUAUAAUUUUAAGAAAUUAAUCUUUUGUCAAAGUGUUGUUAUACUUAAUCACAAUUAAAAAAUUUUAAUGUGCAGAAAAAUGGAUAGGUUAUAUUAUGUUUAUGGUCAAAAAACAAAACCCGUCUCAUAACCCCCCGA